AUGCAUUUGUUCUUCUUCUGGCUGCGCUUCUUCGGCUACAAGCAACCCAUGGACGGGUCGGAUGACGAACAGGCGUCCACGAUCUUCGGCCGCCGGCCUUCCCAGCCCCGCACGAGCAUCAUGUACAACCCGGACGAAGUGCGCAACAUCGACAGCGCAGUGGUGCCUCUUGAUGGGGACUUGGCAUCGGUGCGAAGGAGCACACACCGCCGCUCAGCUAUCGACUUGGUCAGAGGCGAGCUGGGUGCCACCGCAGAUGUCAGGAGGUCUAUGGACAAUGCUCCAACCCGGCAGAAGUUCAUGGCAGCACCGCUGAACACAUACACAGACUUCACAACCAUGCACGUUGGGAGGCUGACUAAGAUCGUCAGUGCCACCCACAAGUUUACUGGUGCCGAGGUUGCAAUCAAGAUGUACGACAGGACAACAUUGUCCAGCGAUCAAGAGAAGGAAGUGGCAAAGGAGGUGCAGAUACUGAGGAAGGCGAAGGGCGCCAGCGGCAUCGUGGAGAUCGAAAAGUGUAUCGAGGAUGACUACAUGACAGCGAUUGUGCUGUGCUGCUGUACGGGGGGCAGCCUGGCGAAGCGGUUGGAAGAUGCUGGCGGCAAGAUGUCGGAAGCAAUGGCUGUGCGGGAUGUUGUGAGGCCUCUAGUUGCCGCCCUGGCUUGGCUGCAUGAGCACAAUGUGGUGCACAGGGACCUUAAGCCAACACACAUCCUGUAUGACGAGUACAAUGGACUGCAUAUCACAGACUACUUCUCUGCCGCCAUCAUGGGCAAGACAGACCUAACCCUUCGCGAGGGCACCCUUGCCUACAUGGCGCCUGAAGUGGUAUCCAAACCGGCAGACUAUGAGAUGUUGCAUAAGGUUCUGGAUGCUGGGCUCUCGGAUACGGAGCUGGUGCGGUACGAUGAAAAAGUGGACAUCUGGUCGCUGGGGGUGAUCGUGAUUGAGGUUCUGACAGGACACCAGCCGUUUCUGGCAGACAGCCCGGAAAAGAUGAUGGCUAUGCAGAAGCAGGAGUUGCAGGGUGACCGCUGGGGAGGGGUGCUGGAUUUCAUGCGCGACCAGGAGGUCCUAUCUCUGCCAGGUCAAGACUUUCUGUCAUCGAUUCUCAAGAUCAAUCCCAAUGAGAGGCCCUCUGCCAGGACGCUGAUGGGCCACAAGUGGCUGGCGGAAAAUGUGGAAGAGAAUGGGUCCCAAAAAACCCCAGAGUCUCCAAAGUCCCCAAAGUCACCAAAGUCGCCAAAGUCUCCAAAGUCUCCAAACGCCCCAAACUUCCCAAUGUCUCCUGAAGUUCCCAAAGUACAGAACUAA